AUGACGGCUCUGUACAACCUGCCCGGCAGCGCUUUCUUCCUCGUCGUAUACGCUGCCGCAGCGCUUCCUCAACUCUAUUUCGGUAUUCGUUACAAGACGUGGGGAUUCCUCGUUGCCAUGGUCUCGGGCCUCGUGCUGGAAAUAAUCGCCUAUGUGGCCAGAGUCAGACUACACGAUGGUCAAGACGUGUACCGACAGUACAUCGUGACCAUCACCAUCGGGCCUGCCUUCUUCAGCGCCGCCCUGUACCUCAGCCUUGCGCGCAUCAUCCCUGUCUUCGGCGCCUCCAACUCUCGUCUCCAGCCGCGCACCUACACCAUCGUGUUCAUCUUGUGUGACUGUGUCGCUCUGGCACUGCAGGCUGCCGGUGGCGGUCUCGUAGCCGGCAGUGAUCCGCUGGACCAGGACACGUUUGACGCUGGGCUUGGAGUCCUGCGCGCUGGUCUAGCCUUUCACGUCACCGGUAUGCUUGCGUUCGUCCUCCUGGCGUCUGACUACGCCUGGUCAGUAUGGAAGAACCAAAGUAUCACGUCCAAGGAUGUCAGCCGUGAUUAUCUACAAUUACGCUGCACGAAAAGAUUUCGUGUCUUCCUCGUCGUUCUCGCUACAUCAACUCUUUGCAUAUUCAUCCGUACCUGCUACCGUCUCGCGGAGCUCAGCAUGGGACUGGACAGUGAUCUUGCUAAUGACGAAGUUGCCUUUCUGGUUUUGGAGGGAGCCAUGGUCGCUAUUGCCGUCGUCGCUCUUAGCAUCUUCCAUCCUGGUGUUUCCUUUCAAGGUCUAUGGGCCAGGGCGGAUUUCCGGCUGACAAACAGAAGACUGCAGCGGGUGGACAGCGACAAGGUCAUUAGCGGCGAUAUUCAACAGGUACCAAAUCAGACCCGUGAACACAAUGAAGUCCCGUUUCUUAGAUCAAGUUUAGAAUUCCGAUAA